AUGGCAGCGAACGUCGAGUUCAGCCUCUCCGCUAUCGCCGCGCUCACCGAAACCGAGAAGACGCGCCUCAUCAUCAUGACACUCUACAACAAAGACCGUAAUAACAUGGACUGGGACGCGGCCACUGCCCUUUCUGGCGCCAAAAGCAAGCAUGCUUUCCAGGUUUCUUACUACGCCGCCAUGAAGAAGCUCAACAACAGCGCCAAUGGCGGUGACGGCGGCGGCGGUAGCAGCAGCAAGGCCGCCACGCCGAAGCGCAAGCGUGCUGGAGGCGGUGACGGCACGCCCACACCCACGCCGAAAAGGGGCAGAAAGGGCAGGAAGGCGAUCAAGUCGGAAGAGGCGCCUGAGUCUCAACCCGACAGCGGAGCUGAUGCCGAGCAUGCCACUGAGGCGGAGCUUGAGCUCGAGUCAUUCUUCGACGCCGAGGAGAUCUAG